GUGCACUGUUUGGUGGGCCAUGAUGUAAUGGCAUGCAGCGAUCCCGAUGAUGACGGAAUUGGUGAAAGGACGGCAGAGGCCAAAUAGCUCUUAAUUACCUACUGUACACUACCAGGUCUUUGGUAUUUAACCUCGAUCUAUUCCCACGCAAGACCCCUCUUGAUUUACGAAGACUUCUCUGAGCGACAAACCGAACCUUUAAGCCAGCAAUCUAAACCUCACAGUUACACCGCUUAACCAGCUCUUCAUCCGCACAAACCCGAUACCUAUACCUAUUCACAAUGCCUGAGCGCGGAGAGUCCCCUCCCCCUGAGCGGGUUUCGGGCAAGCAAUUGCACGAUGUUCCGGGAUGGUCCGGCCAGGAGGGUUCUGGGAAUGCCGACAACAAGGCUAGCAACGAGCAGUCGAACAAGACGGGCCUCGAGAGUCUUUCCUCGAACCCAAAGGGCCCCCUGGAUGAAAUUGUGACGGAGAAGUUUUCGAAAUCGUCGUUCAAGAAUGACAAGACGGAGAAGAAGAACUAGAACAGCGCAGAGCGCGUUCACGGAAACGAAUAUUUGCGGCAUUGACAUUGGCGUUUUGGGAUUUGGCCUUUCGCUGGGAAUCGACUCACAGGUACUUGCAGACAGCGAGUCGGCCCCUUGUAUGUACGUACAAUAGCAGGAUCACGGUUAUCACGGGGAGGUGACACCACACUCUCUUCAGUGCCUCGAGAGGGGAUGCACAUGCGUCAUUACACAACAAAAUAAAUAAACGAAUAAAGUGUUUAAUAACCUUCGCAUGUGCAAAAUGCAAAGGGCACAACGUGGCAUUACGG